UAGUGAUAGUCCCAAUGCUGUCCAUGAGGUGGAAAAGUGGUUACCACGACUGCACUCAGUUGUCAUAGGACCUGGCUUAGGUAGAGAUGAAGUUCUACUUGAGCACGCUAAGGGUAUUAUAGAAAAAUCGAAAGUGAAAGGAAUUCCUAUCAUUAUUGAUGCUGAUGGACUGUGGCUCAUUUCCCAGCAGCCUUCUCUUAUUCAAGGCUACCAACGAGCUAUUCUUACUCCAAACUACAUGGAGUUUAGUAGACUGUAUGAAGCCAUGCUUAGAGACCCCGUAGACAGUAGUGAUCAUCAUGGAUGUGUGUUAAGACUCAGCCAAGCCAUGGGGAAUUUGACAAUUAUUCAAAAGGGAGAAAGAGAUCUUAUUUCAGAUGGAGAGAAAGUACUUGUCUGCAGUCACGAAGGAAGCAACCGGAGAUGUGGUGGACAGGGAGACCUCCUUUCUGGUUCUCUUGGAGUCUUAGCACACUGGGCAUUUCUUGCUGGAGCAGAAAAAACAAAUGGUCAAAAUCCCUUUCUAGUGGCUGCAUUUGGAGCUUGCUCCCUUACCAGGCAGUCUAACCACCAAGCUUUUCAAAAAUUUGGACGUUCAAUGACUGCCUCUGACAUGGUUUCAGAAGUUGGAACAGCUUUUAACAAACUUUUUGAAACCUGAAGCCAAAGCAGCGGAGAAGAAGAAAAAGAAGAACAAUGACUGCAAGAGUAAUUACAUGUACCGUAGAAUUUACAUGAGUAAUGCACCCUUUGAAGUGCUGUAGCAGCAUUGGUAUGCCAAGUAGAUGUUUUUUUAUUUUUAAGAAUAGAAAAAUAUGAUUAAUGUAGAUAUUUUUUAAGAGUUUGGAAUACAAAAAUGUUUUGGCUGAAAUAAGCUGUAGUUGCAGAUCUGUUAUAAUAUAAUAAAACUAAACUGAAAGUAUUCCUCUGUUCUUUUUUGAUAGUUAUUGAGCAAUAACUAAAGUGUAAACAGCAAAAAAAAAAAUUAAAGAUGCACUUGAUACUUAGGUAAAAUUCUUCCACCAGCUCAACUGAAUUUCUUGGAUUGCACCAAGGUUGUCAUGUUUUCAUUCUUAGACCCUCUGUCUAGAAUUAGCUGUUGCACUUCAUUUUUUUGCCAGGCUAGAACAUUAAGAAGGAAAAAGUAAGCCUCUCUGGAAAGGGAAUGCCUGAGAGUUCUGUAGAUUUUGAAUGUAAUGAGUUGCCUUUUCCC